ACAACUCAAAACAUUGGCUUCAUUAUUGAGAUCGCCGACAAAGGUAUUCGAGACAUAUGCGAAAUAUUGUCCAGUUUUUUAAUACAUAUCACAGAGUAAGUCGAACUAGUGGGUCAGAAUGAGUAAUUAUAAAAGCAUUCAAAAGCGCUUAAAAAAACUCUUCUCUCAUCUUCGUCCAGCACCUUUGAACGAGCACAUUCAUGUCACGACCGAUAAUUUUGUUUAUAGUAUUGGAGAAUUCAGGCAAAACGGCCUCACCUUUUAUAAUUGGGCUCGUACCUAUAGCUGCACGCCAAAAUACUUUCACGAGCCGUACACACGCGAGACAGAUAAAGAAAUCAUUACCUUUUCAUCUGAUAGAGGCCAGUGUGUGAGAGUCAUUGGUGCCGGACAUUCUCCGUCGAAUAUAUCCUUUUUCUAUCUUUUUCAGCAAAUUCAACUCGGCACUUGAUGACAGUAUUCAAUCCUUAACUUUGACUUACAUUGCUUUUACGAGCGACCAUCUGGUAAGUAUGCGAAAUUACAACGCAAUUUUGAACAUUGAUAAAAAAAAAAACUUGGUAACGUGCCAAGCUGGAUGUACGUUAGAUAAACUCAAUCAACGUUUGAAGUCUGAAAAGUUCGGCCUGCGCGUUCUUGGAAGUAUAUCUCAUCAAACAGUCGCUGGAGCCAUUUGUACUCCCACGCAUGGAACUGGCAUUCAAUACGGUAUUUUAGCUACAGAGGUGGUUCACAUACAGUUCGUGAAUGGAAAUUGUGAUGUUAUCGAAUGUAGCGAGAUAGAAAAUCAGAAUAUCUUCAAAGCCUGUCUAUGCAGUUUUGGUAGUCUCGGCAUCAUAACUGAAAUUACAAUGCGUGUCGAGCCGCUUAAAACCCUUGUUUCUUUGCAGUUUCCUCUUAAACUUCGUCAAGUAGAAGAAAAUUUAACAAGGAUCAUAUAUGGUGCAGAGCACAGUCGAAUUUGGUGGUUCCCCCAUACUGAUAAAUGUUCAAUAUGGCAAGCCAAUAAGCUUGAAUUCAACGCGUCUGAUAUUGAAAAGUCCGGCCUCAAUUCUCAGAUUAGUUGUGGAAAAAAAAAAUUUUCCAAUUUUAUAUUGGAAUCUGUGCUUUACUUGUCAACUAUUGUCCCCUCUGUGACUCCGUAUGUUAACAAGGUUUCUCAUAAAGUACUCUUUGGCAAGGUAGUACAAUCACAAGAUGUUAGCUUCAAAGAAUUCAAUAUCGACUGUCUGUUUAAACAAUAUGUGAAUGAAUGGGCAAUUCCUAUUGAGCACGCCCUGGAAGCGCUUAGCCUUCUUCAAUUACUGAUCACUGAACAUAAUAUAAAUGCAAACUGGCCAGUUGAAGUGAGGUUCGUCAGAAAUGAUGACAUUUGGCUUUCUCCUUGCUAUGGAGAGAGUGACAGAUGCUUUAUCGGCAUCAUCAUGUACCGUCCUUAUAGCAGAGAGCCGAAAUAUUUGCUCUAUUUCAAAAAAUUCGAUGAAAUGAUGAGCAGUCUUGGAGGCAGACCGCAUUGGGCAAAGGCUCAUGGAUGGAAAUACAAAGAAUGCAAGGAAAGUUAUCCUAUGUGGGAAGAAUUCUGCAAACUUCGAUCAAAAAUGGACCCAAAAAAUGUGUUUAUGAAUGAAUAUACGAGAUCUAUUUUUAAUCCUUGA